AUGAUUGGAGUACAUGCUAGUAAUUACCAUUGUGAUGAUGUUACUGGUACUAUUAUGUUAAAAUUCGUUAAAGAAUUCAAGGAUUGUAAAUUAAUUAGAACAUUAGAUAUGGAUAUUUUAAAUAAAUGUACUUUGGUUUUUGAUAUUGGUGGAGUUUAUAACCAUAAACUCAAACGAUAUGACCAUCACCAACGUGGAUUUAAAGAAACUUUUUCAUCAGCACAUAAUAUUUUAUUAUGUGGUUGUGGAUUAUUAUUUAAACAUUAUGGAAAUGAAAUUGUAAAAAAUAUUAUUGAAGAAUAUAAACAUGAAAUUAUCACAGAAGAUGUAGCAGAGAAAUUAAAGGUUCUUGUUUAUAAUUAUUUUGUUAUGCCAAUUGACGCUAAUGAUAAUGGUAUUGAUGUUUCUUAUGGAGAAUUAUUAUAUAAAGAUAACACUACUCUCUCUGCUCGUGUAGCUCAUUUAAAUGAAAUAAAACAACCAUUUGAAAAAGCACAAGAAUUAGUUCAACCAGAAUUUAUUGAAGCAGUAUUAACUUGUUACCAAAUUGUAUCACAACAUUUACCUUCUCUUCAACAAUGUUUUGAAACACGUUAUUCUGUUCAUCCAUCAGGAAAAAUCUUGGUAAAUACACAAGCGGUUCCAUGGAAAGAAUCAUUAAAUUUAUUAGAAAUAAUUGAAGAAUCUAAAACUGGAAAGAAAUGUGAAGUUUUAUAUGUUUUACAACCUGACCUUGGAAGAGGAACUCAAUGGAAAUGUACUGCUGUUUCUAAACCAUUUAGUUAUGGUUGUCUUAAAAAUUUCCCAGAACAAUGGAGGGGAUUAAGAAAUAAAGAAUUAGAAGAUGUAUGUGGAAUAAAAGGAAGUAUAUUUUGUCAUUCUUCUGGAUUUUUAGCAUGUAAUGAAACAUAUGAAGGAAUGUUACAAAUGGCAAUUACUUCAUUAGAAUCAAAUUAA